AUGGGCCGCCUCAACGAGACUGUCAGUCGCCGCGGUGUGGGUCCGAAGGACGGAGGAAUCACCAGACGCCCUGACGGAUCAUUUUCACCUAUCACUCUACGACUCUGCUGGCUUGGCUUCGUAGCUCUCCAUGCCUUCUGCUAUGUGUACUUCUCGGUAUUUGCUUGGUGCUACUGGAACAUGCCGGGGACUCUCUUGGAUACAUGGUUAUUCUUUUUCAACCUUGGAAUGGGCAGCGAGAACGACCAUGCUAUCGCUGUUGUCCACGGGUGCGUGGCUGCAGUUCACCUGGUCUAUCUUCUCUGGAUGAUCGGUUGGUCGUUCAAGAAGGGGCGUCUUGUGUUCGCUGUCUACAACGUGUUUACUCGUCCAACAACACGGGAGAGGAGCGAAAGGCGCAGGACUUCCAGAGUUUGUAGUGCCUACCAUGGAGCUCUCUCAAAAGGUGGGCUUCUGGGAGUGGAUGGACCAUACUUCGACUUGGUGUUAUUGUGUCGAGAAAUCAUCGAGACAGCACUGCAAACGCAGCAGGCCUACCGUAUGAGUGUACUCUUACCGCGUAGUCAAUUCAACCGGGGUUAUUCUGCGCUGCUGAUUCUCAACUGCUGGAGCACAGCACUCGUGCAUUCACUUUACCACGCAGAUGCAGCAAGGCGGCGACUGUUAGCUGUCGUAUGCGACUGUAUUCUAGACCUGGUGACUUCCGUUGGGAUCACGUCGGUGCUGUUAGCCAUCUACUACAGAGAUUUCGAUUUCCAGCUUAGUGGAUUCCCAGCGAGUAAGUGGUAUGAAGAUGUCUGGGUUGUGCACGUUUUCAGCGAGUUUCAACUUCUCCUGGUCAGCUCGUGGGGCGAUUUGGCUUUGCGAGUGGUAUUUGCUCUGAACAUGGUGAGCAACAUGAACAACAUUAAGAAGAUUUUGAGUGCAAAGUCGCCGAAGAGGAGGCAAUCAAAGUCUGCCCACGAAGUGACGUCAGUACUGCCUCUGUAUCCCAGCAUGAGGGACUCAAAUGAGACUCGAACGCAGAGCAAGUUGGAUAUAGUUGUGGCAUCCGAGUCUCGUGUCGCAAAGAUCCUAUUUUUCGUGUGGGGUGCGGCAAUUCUCGUUCUGCAUUUGUAUGCCGAGUCUGUUCCUGGACUACCUCAGUGUAAAAUGCAAGUGAAACCCUGGAUGACCUCCGAACCAUCGUGUUCCCUGCUAGUACUGGACUGUUACGAGUCGAAUUUCAGUGGUAACGAGAACGAAGUUAUUGCAGAAUGGAGUGCCUUCAAUCCAAAGACCACUGUUCGGAUUGUGAUACGGCACUGCCACCAUCUUGAGGUACCAGAUCUGUUGACAGAGUUUUCAAGUAUGAAGGUUCUGAAGAUCUACAACUCGACAGUCGUGCAAUGGAAGGAAAGCGCUGCUCUCUCGCAAAACCACCACCCCGACCUUAUGAUGCUAUAUCUCGUCCGCGUUAACCUGACAAAUGGUGAACUUCCUGCAGGCCUGCUGGGUGAUAAUUUUCCGCAUAUGUUGCUGGACAUCGAGUUCUGUGCCACAAACUUGCGCACUUUGCCAGAAGAUUUUGACUUGAAGUGGCCACAGGCUGCUAGCAUUUACUUUGAAGCAAGUGAGUUUACGGAGGUCCCCGCUUCGUUAGCACGACUUGCUCCGUACGAUCUGUCGCUGGCGAUGAACCCCAUCUCGGUUAUUCCUGCCUCUGUGUUUGAAGGUGACGUCGGGUUUCUUCACAUCGGCGGGACGCUUUUCACUGAACUGCCUGAAAGUGUGCCCGAAAUGUCGCCCUUGCUUGCACUUCGCGUGGAUAGCACGAACACCACCUUUUUCUGGAAUUGGAUUGACCCUACGCUUGAAAAUGCUCGCACACUGCUUGUAGACACGUACCCGAUACUAGCUGCAAACUCUCCGUACUGCACCGACCUUCAGCGGAUCUAUGAUGGCCAGCAAGCCAGCUUUUCAGCUCCAAGGCACAAGAACGAGUCUGUUAUUUUGCUAAACGCGUCCGUGAGUAACUGGCCAGCACUGGAAGCUGCUGUAUCAUGUGAACCGUGGCCGACUACUUGGUAUCCCAUCGAAUUUGAAGAUGCAUACAGCGGAAUCGAAGUGGAUUAA